AUGGCACCUGCGCCUGCCAAUAACACCAGGCGUGUGCAGGCCCCGAGCGACGCGUCGCGGGAGGCGCACAGGCAGGCGCUGCUCAAGGGGGCAGGGGACGCACGCAACGUGCCCGAAGCGGCGCUGGCUGCGGCGCUCAACAUGCAGAUGGUGGAGCCGAUACCGCUGCUGCACAACACGCCGCAGAAUGGAUACGUUGCCAUUAACAUGUACUCGGACGACCAGGCCAGCUUUAAGCGUGCGGCACGCAACCCCCGUGCCUGCGACAUCCUCAUGGCGUGCGGUGGCAACCCCAUGGACGUGCUGGGCGACGUCUUCAUCGGGCGGCUGUUUGACAACGAGGACGACUUCAGGCGCCUGGACUUCACGCUGGACGAGCUGCGCUCAGACGCCCCCUGGAUCAAGGAGGCGGCCCUGCAGGCUGCACAGCGCCGUGACCGCAGCGGCCAGGUGCAUAACUUUGCAGAGCGAAUCCGCGGCGGCAGCAGCGGCGGCGGCGGCGGCAGCGUGGGCGCCAGGCCCGUGGGGGCAGGCGCGCUGCCGCCGCCGCCCAAGGAGGUGCCGCCCGCUGAGGCCGCCAAGGCGCGUGGCAAUGCCGCCGUCAAUCGUGGCGAUUGGCAGGCUGCGGCGGACGAGUAUGCGGCGGCGCUCGCUUUGGACCCAGCGCUGAUUGCGGCGCGCAACAACCGGGCGCUGGCGCUGCUGAAGCUCGGGCAGAUGGAGGCGGCGGAAGCGGACUGCACCGCCGUGCUGGAGGCGGAGCCGGGGAACAUCAAGGCGUUGCUGCGACGUGCGGCGGCGCGUCGGGCGCUGGGUCGGCUGCCGGAGGCCGGGGGCGAUUUGCAAGCAGUGCUCGAGCUGCAGCCGCACAACAAGGAGGCGGCGGGGCAGCUUGCCGCUCUGCAGGCGCCGAGGAUUGAGGGCGAUGUGGAAGAUGACGGCGCUGCGGCAAGCCGGGGUCGCGCUGCUGCAGCAGAGGCGGGCGGUGGCCGUGUCGCUGAGGGAUAA